AUGCGACACUUCCGACACUUCACACGCCGACCUCUUCAUACGUCGAACACUUCAUACAUCGAACACUUCACCCGCCGAACACUUCACCCGCCGACACUUCACACCACGCCGACACUUCACACCACGCCGACACUUCACACCACGCCGACACUUCACACCACGCCGACACUUCACACCACGCCGACACUUCACACCACGCCGACACUUCACACCACGCCGACACUUCACCUCCCUCCACGCCUCCCUCCACGCCUUCCUCCACGCCUUCCUCCACGCCUUCCUCCAUCUUUGACGACUUUGAUGAUUUUGAUGCCUUGGGGAGACUAUAAGUUUGGGGAGGCUAUGAGUUCGGGAGGCUAUGAGUUUGUGGAGGCCAUACCUUGCAUAUCAUCACCCUCCGCUCUCCCUCUUCAUCCGCCUCUCUCACUCUCCAAUUCCCUCACACUUCAAUUCCAUCUUACCGCCGCGAAACCGAGAACAACCCGCAAGACAACAAGUCAGAGCAACAGGCGCAAUGUUCGCCCCGAAGAGAUGGACCGCCGAGAAUCCGAUUACUUCGGAUUCACACCAGCAGCAUGCUUUCGAUACGACCUCGGAGCAGGGAAAGAGCUUAGAGCACAGGAGGAGAAGCGCGCAUACUAUUCUCGCUUCCAGCGCAGCCUUCUUCGCUGGUGUGAGCGACAGGGUCAAUAUCGAGAGUACGGCGAGGUUGUAGUCGACAAUGGACACUUGCAGAACAUGCGAGACGAAGUUGGUGUCGGACAGAGCAGGAGCGCAUUACUGGUUUCUGGAUUUUGGGACACGGAUAAAACGAGGGAACAUUGGACGACAAAGCCCAACUCUCUUACCUAUGCGGCUCUCCCAGCAGCAAGACACCUCCUCGUCCAUUUUGCCUUAACGGCAGUUAUCCAGGAGGUUGCCAAGUCUGGUCGCUUCUCUACCGAACAAUCCUCCGAGCCGACUCUAACUACGAUAAAGGACCACUACACCAAACCCCUAGAAACCAAAGCACAGCGACUGGCAAACUCUCCGCACCAGCGACCGAGUACGGCGUUGGAAUCGGAAAUGAGUUAA